GAGCACUAGGCUGCAUAGCACGACAACGCUUCGGAGUCGACGGCUGCACAGGGCUUGUACAGCCGACAUUCACAAUCCAAGUGUACGAAGCCAUUCAUGGGAACCCGCAAAUCUCGUUAGAUCGUUACGAUGACGUAGCGACUUGGACGCAUCGGCAAUGAGCGGUGGAUCGUGUCGUAAGUGCGUGAAAGAUGCGGUGAAAGUUCCCGGUGAAUUCUUCGGCGAGUGACGGUGGUGCGUAUUCGCGUCCGAUCGUUUCGGAGCGAUCGUAGACUCGGGCGUCGACCAUCCUGAUGACCAGCAACCAGAGAGGAUCGGCGUAACGAUUCUCUUCGAGCGUCAUUCGUUGCCAAAAAAGCAAAAGACGAAUCUCCCAUUGUUGAGUCCGAUCGGCGACAACUUUUCAGCAAUUAUGAUAAGCGCGAGUAUCACUUCUGCCGCGUGUCGGAAUCACACGCCGUCGAGACUCGAUCUACGAUUAACUUGAGCAACGUGUUCCUAAACUUGGACCGAGGGAUGCACUUGCCAAACUUGAAAGAGUUGUGAUUUCAUCCGUCACUCGAAAUUGUAUUCGUGCCGAGUAAAGUCGAACGAUGCAACGAAUUAGUUACAUACUGAUCUCUAAUCAACGAGAGAUUGCGUCGGCUACUUACACAACUUACACAAAGUCAUUUUACCGAUGUCGUUAGAUAUCUGUCGGUUCAUUUCAAUCUGGGCGAUCCGUCACUCGAAUGAAAGCUGCGCGGCGCAGUCCCUAAGUAAAGAAGUUAUCAUCCUUGUUAUUUUUCUUGCUUUGGAUGACACAUCGAGCGUUAAAGUCUCUUUAUUAAGAGGAUGGCAGAUGCGUCCGGCGUUCGUGUUCCGUCAGACAUUCGGAGCAUCAAUGGUUAAUGACGCGAUAAUCGAGGUCGGCUCUCGUUUAAACGUGAUUUUCGCUACGACAUUCCGCGGCUCGUCGCAUAGCGUAAUCGCGACGAUCUUGGAAUCAAUCGACAGCACCGGCGCGGCAUGGUCACGACGAACUUCUCUCUUUUCCUUUCUUUUUCCUUCGCAGAGGAGUAUUGUAUGAUACGUAUACGUAUGUAUGUGUUGUUUCUUUGACGCGGUUGGGUUUUUCAUACGCGUGUAAAUCGAAUUCAAUCGAAUCGUUCGGCAAAUUUGCUAUUUGAACGCGACACGAACGAAAAGGCCGAGCCGCUGUGCCGUAUCGCCGCAAGAAUCGACAAUCGCCGAUAAUUACUCUUACUUACUCGUCGUUGAUGACACCGUGUUGUGAGAGAAAGCAUGCUUCCUAAAGAUUAAAGAUGGUCGUACUAUCGAGAGAAUUCUAUAUCCUCAGUGUGGCGAUAUUUACUUGAAUAUAAUAUUCAAGUAAAAUAACUUUACUAUAGACUUGAAAAAAAUCAUUUUUAAAAUUCUUUAUUAAAGAGUGAGCAUCACAUUGCUAUCUCAUACGAGACGGACACAUUUUUUCUUUCUUUCGUAAAGAUCCAAGAAUUUACUUGCCACGCCAAUCAAAGAUACAGGAUAAAAAUACAGGAGAAAAACUGAGUAAUUACAGAGAACGCGAUUAUAAUUAAUUAUAAUUAACAGACAUUUCAACAGUCGUUGUUACCACUUUCGAAAUAAGAAAUGGAAAAAUGAAAAUAGAGAUCAGCAUCGCAAAUAGUUAUUUGGGAUUGUUUCGAAAACCGUGUCUCUUAGACGAUCGAAAAUAGGCACGAGAUUAUAUUACGUACGCAUAUUAAUAGCGCGUCUUUGCGAUAGCGUGCGUGUACAGCUCGUUGUUAAAUCGCUCACGAAUAAAAUUUACAGCGCUCACGGCCAACGCUACCUGCACGGUGAGUACCCGUUAUCUGAACGAUCGCUCGUUCUCUGAUAAGUCGUAAUUGGGGAUUUCGUGAGGACCACGCGAGCAUGGCGCUAGCAAAGAUCAGGAAUUUCAUCGACAACAGCCUGAAAACGGUGUCGACGCCGCUGGACCGUACGGUGAACUUGGAGCCAGAAAUCGGCAUCAGGAUCGUGCACUCGCCAAACGACAAGGGGCUUCACGUUACCGUGCUUGGCGCUAGACACUUGCCACAAAACUUUGGCUUCACCCGAGUCAACAGCUACAUCGUGAAGGUAAAACUAAUCCCUGGUAAAGAAAAGUUCGAGACUACCACGAAGAACGAAUCCUGGCCACAAUGGAACGAGGAAUUUAUUUUCCCUUUGCGCAAAGAAACCAAGCAAAAGUUUGGUAAGUCAAAGGUCAUCGAGGAGGAAAUCAAUGGAUCCAGAUUCAUCGUCGCGACUCUGUACGCGAUUCUCGAGGACAAACCUCUGAUAGCGACCGAGAAGAAAGAUGCGGAUAAGGAGAAGAGCUUACUCGCCAAAGGAGAAACGCCGAAGAAGAGUGGAAAGAGGAAGGAAGGUCAGGGUGGUUCGUCCGACAAUCAAGAGUCGAAUACCAAGAACAAGCUGCUCGGUCAGUUCUUUGGGAAGGGUUCCGACAAACCCGCGGAAUCUACAGUCGCGGAAAAAAGAGCCUACGACAAGAGACGAACCGUUGGCGCGACAACAAUUCCGCUUGACCCGAAGAACUUUCCCUGCAAACCGCCGAAAUCGAAGCACGCCAGCGACGUGUCCACGGGAGACAUGUGGAAACCGCUGCGACCGAUCGCCAGUGGUAUCUCGGGUGCCGAGGAAAGGAAAGAGAAUAAAAAAGGACAGGUGGAAUUGUCAUUAUGUCUAUCAAAGGGUGAAAAGGAUGAGGAAAGCGGUGGCCAGCUGAUAUUGUCUCUGCAUCGUCUGAGAUGCUCGUUACAGACGAUGCACGAGCACGAGGGUCUAAAAGGACAGAUGUAUCUAAAACUGUCGGUCGUCGAUAAUGGACGAGUAACGCAUUUUUGGAAGAGCGAUCGAUUCGCACCGACGGUGUCAAUGAAAUUCUCGCCGGAAACGGCAAGGGUCGUCGCCGACAAUCCAUACAAGGGAGCGCUCAACGAUGUCAGUUUUGUCGUAAAAUUUGUCUCAAAGAACAAAAUGGGCAAGAAAAGCCCCGUAGGCCACUUUGUGAUCGGGUCUGACGUUGGUGGAACUUAUGGUGAGCAGUGGAAGCAAGCUUUAGCGAAACCGGGACAACAGAUAACGAAAUGGCAGGCGUUCGAAUAAAAGCAAGACGCGCGCCGCCGCCGCUGCAAAGCAACUGGUAACUUAUUCAACGCUACGAGUAUUACGAGUAACGCGGCAGUCGUUGCACGAGGUACUUUCCUCUUGGACACCUAGAGGCACUGCAACGAAAACGAGAGCACGAUAUACGCGCGUCAUAAAUGUUUCAGGCACCGAUCGAUAAUGCCUAUUCCAAAGAAUACACGUAUUCGCCUACGCAGAUACGCGAAUACGUUUCGAACAUCGUUGCGCGUGUGCAUUGUUUUUUACUACGCAAAUGUAUAUUCUGGGAUAUCCGUUGCCAAUCUAUCUCGAGAGAAAACCAUUAUCGGAUAUCUAGUUUCGUCUAUCAUUCGAAUCGUACAGACGUACAAUCAUAUUUGUACCGAUCACUCGCCAAUUGUAACCGUCCUUGAUCCCGCGGAGCAGAGAACUACUCCAAAUUGGAUCAGUGUAACCGUCCGUAAAGUAACAGUUAUCAUUUGAUGCGUAUGUAAUCGAAGCGAGUAAUUGUAACACGUUACAAAACCAACAUAUUAUACUUGGUAAGAUCGCGAGAGUCUGAGGUCGCCGUUACGUUACGUUACGUUAGUAUCAAACGUUGACAUUUCGUUCCCACAUUGAAACGAGAUAAUUAAUAUAUAUAUAUAUAUAUAUAUAUAUAUAUAAGACUUUUUCUAGUAUGUUGCAUACAUUGCACAUGUUGAGAAUGCUCAUUCCUUUAUUGGACACGAAAUAUUCGAAACGAAACAAGCGGCCAAUAAUCGGAUAGUUGGUAUUAGUAAUACUUGAAAGACUUUCCAGAUUGUGAUAAAUUAAAAUUUUUUUUCUACCAUCAUCACUUGUACAUUCGAUAACGUAAGGUGCUUAGAGUAAAUGUUAAGAUGACACACAGUAAUCGUGCAAGGCACAUCUCUAUAAUAAACUGACAGGAUAUAUUAGGCAGAUAAUAACAUGGGAUUAAUAUCUUUAAUAUCUUUAAUACAACGAUUCUUUAACGUUUGAAAUGUUUUAUAAUAGCGGAAUGUAUGAUAGCCACUGAAAACGAAAGAAUAAUUAAUUUCUUUUCUUUUAAUUACACGUUGUACCAUUAACUACUUUCUUUACAAUGUUUCUGUCUCUCUUUUAAUAAUACAUACAUCGAUACGGUAUUGCAACGAAUGUUUGGACAUGUGUACAAAAUGCUGACACCAAAAAAAUUAAUACGCACACAAUUUCGCGCAUAUAUGUGUAAAAAGUAAAAAGUUUUUAUCUCGUACUUGUUUUUAUUAUUGUAUCUAAAAA